GUUUGGCAUCAGAGGAGGACUCAAUGCCUUUUAGUAUGCACGACACAAGGAUCGAGAAGGCGGGUCCAGUGCCCCAGCGCUAGCUACCCGAUUCGGCUUAGUACGAAGCUUCCGUUAUCUUGAAAACCGAUACGACUGCAAGUAGCAUGGCAGAAAAAGUUCACGCCUGGGCCAGCAACUUUUUUUUGGGUCGUGUUAACUGCAGACGGACACCACCUCAAAAAUUCCACGCCAGUCGGCACCAUGGGUUCAAAAAUAAUAGACAAGAAGCGCAAACCGAGAGAGCCCGAGUCGGAGUCAGACGACGAGCUCGGCAAUGGUCUGUUUGAUGGCGUGUUGUCCCAAAGCGAAGACGAGGAAGACUACAUCCCCUCCGACGAUGAAAAGGAGGACGAGGACGAGGAUGACAGCGGCACUGAGGGUACCGAAGGGAGUGAGGACGGGGAUGAUGAUGAGGACGAUAUCCUGAGCGACGACAUCCCUUCAGACGUAGACGCCGAGGAAGAAAUGGACAAGCUGGUCAACCAUGGAGAAGAACUCGAAAUCACGGAGCCGGGAGUCGACCCGAAGCCCAAAGAGGAUGACAGCGAGGAGAAAAAUUACAGGAUUGAAAAGGACGCCAACGGUGGGGAGCGUUAUGUCUACGAUGAGAUCGAUCCAGUUUACGACUCCGACGAUACCGACGCACAAGGUCCGGUCAACACGAUAGGCAACAUCCCCCUGAGUUUCUACGAUAGCUACCCGCAUAUCGGCUACGAUAUCAAUGGCAAGAAGAUCAUGCGCCCGGCGACCGGCGAUGCGCUGCAGAGUCUCCUUGAUAGUAUCGAGGUGCCUAAGGGGUGGACAGGCUUAACCGAUGUUAACACUGGCAACCCCUUGAAUCUCACCCAAGAGGAGCUCGAACUCGUUCGCCGGGUCCAGAUGGGUCUUCUCCCGGAUGAUCUUCAAGACCCAUACCCUGAUACUGUCGAGUACUUCACGUCCAUCGAGGAGAAGAUGCCCCUCAGCAGCGCCCCUGAACCCAAGCGGCGUUUCGUGCCUUCCAAGAAUGAGGCCAAGCAAAUCAUGAAGUUGGUCCGCGCCAUUCGAGAGGGCAGAAUUCUCCCAUAUAAGCCGCCCGAGGAGCGCGAGCGGGAAGAGCAGGAGCAGGAGGAGGUCCACUUCGACCUCUGGCAGAACGAGGAGCCCCAGGCGCCGAACCCCAUGCAUAUUCCCGCCCCUAAGCUGCCGCCUCCUGGUUAUGACCUAAGCUACAAUCCGCCAGAAGAAUACCUGCCGACCAAGGAGGAGCGGGAAGCAUGGGAAAAUGCUGACCCAGAGGAUCGGGAAAAGGAGUACCUGCCACAAAAGUACAAUGCCUUAAGGAAGGUCCCCGCUUGGGGCGAUCUGGUCAAGGAGCGGUUCGAGCGGUGCAUGGACCUCUAUCUGGCGCCCCGUGUUCGGAAGAACAGACUCAACAUCGACCCCAACUCGCUCCUCCCCAAACUGCCCUCGCCGGCCGAACUUAAGCCCUUCCCCACCGUCGUGCAGACUCUCUUCCGUGGCCACGAGGGGCGAGUAAGAAGCGUUGCGAUUGACCCGACUGGCGUUGCGCUUGCAACCGGAGGCGACGAUGGCACGGUUCGGGUUUGGGAGCUCUUGACCGGGCGCCAAGUCUGGUACGUCAAGCUCAGCAGCGACGAGCCUGUCAACGCGGUCCGAUGGAGGCCGACAAAGGACGCCUUCAUCCUGGCUGCGGCCGCAGGAGAGGACAUCUUCCUGAUGGUUCCCACGCAUGCCAGCGUCACACCGCCGCUCGACCAGGCUAGCAGAGACAUACUCGCGGCAGGCUUUGGCUACGCUACGAAUGGACAGCAGCAAACACUACCUGCCGGCAAGGAACCGCCCGCGAAGUGGGCCAGACCAGGCACAAAACUUGAAGAUGAAGGUGUCCUGAUUAGGAUUACCGUGAGGUCAACCGUCAAAGUCAUCAACUGGCACAGGAGAGGUGACCACUUUGCAACCGUCUCACCGACCGGACAGCGGAGCUCGGUGGCCAUCCACACGCUCUCAAAACACCUCACUCAAAUACCCUUCCGGAAACUCUCGGGCCUCGCACAGACAGCCGCCUUCCACCCCCUAAGACCGCUGUUCUUUGUGGCCACCCAGCGGACGAUCCGCUGCUAUGACCUGCAAAAGUUGGAGCUGGUCAAGAUCGUCCAACCAGGUGCCAAAUGGAUCUCGUCAUUUGACAUCCAUCCCGGCGGCGACAACCUGAUUGUCGGCAGCUACGACAAACGGCUACUGUGGCACGACCUCGACCUGUCCAACAGGCCGUACAAGACGAUGAGAUUCCACAGCCAGGCCAUCCGGCAGGUCCGGUACCACAAGGGCGGACUCCCGCUUUUCGCCGACGCCAGCGACGACGGCUCGCUGCAGAUUUUCCACGGCAAGGUCCCGAACGACCAAUUGGAGAACCCAACCAUAGUCCCGGUGAAAAUGCUCAAGGGACACAAGGUUGUCAACAAGCUUGGCGUGCUGGAUAUCGAUUGGCAUCCGCGCGAGCCGUGGUGUGUGAGUGGAGGUGCUGACGGGACAGCUCGGCUAUGGAUGUAAGAGAUGGGAUGGGAUGUGAGCACUGGGAUUGGUGCUUGGACUAGAUCAUGAGGCAGCAUCGUGUACCUAAGUAUUCUCCAUCGAGGCGUUGCGGACAUCUCGGAAUGGGCCCUCAGGCUUUGAUACCACCUCUUUUUGUGUUGUUGGGCAGGAAGCCCGCGUUGUCAGCUCCUGGUCAUUUCCCUCUUCGCAGUCUGCCUGGCCGCUUCCACCAGUACAAUG